AUGCUUCAACUGCUGACUUGGCUUCUAUUAUUCGUCUCAGCUAAUGCAGCUGUAGAUAAAUCUUGCGACCAUCGGCCAGAUGUGACUAGCUUGAGAAACUGUUGCAAGCUGCCCCCUCUGAACUUCACCAGUUUCAACUCCAAAUGCGGUCAGUACCUGCUCAAUGGGGUUCACAUUUCACCUUGCAGCUUUGAGUGCAUUUUCCGAGCAGCUGGUGCCAUAAACGGCACUCGUCUGGUGAUGCCAAACAUUGAGAAGAUGAUGCACACCAUUCUGGAGACCGACGAGUUCUUCCAGGUCUAUGUGGAUGGCUUCAAGAGCUGCGCUGCUGAGGAGCAGUCCAUGAUCAAAGCCCUGAAGCGCCGUCGAGUGCCCAUAACCGGAAAGUGUUCCUCGAUGGCUCUGAUGUACGGACUGUGUUCCCAUCGGUACUUCUACAGGAAUUGCCCGGAACAUGUUUGGAGCAACACCCCCGGGUGCAAUACAGCCAGGGAAUACAACAUUCGCUGCGACGCCUAGCCAACUGGUUAGCCCAAUCAAAUGAAAUAAAUCACAUAUUUCCAGCUG